UCGACAAUGAAAGUCUCGCUUGCUCUCUUGGCUGUACUCGUCUCUCAAAUGAUGCUUUCCUGCAUCGCAGUUCCAGUGAUUUCUCAAGAUCUGAUUGUUGAUCCGAAUAUUGGCGGUUCGUUUCCGGUGGGAAUCAGCCUGCUCUACGCGAAAUGGGAGAACACAAUGCUGGUCAACAUGCCUGUUACCUCGCGCAGCUACGCCGGAGUAGCCAACUUUAACUACGCAGGCGCUAGUGCAGACGGCAACAAGUUGACGAUCCCGUUUACAACUUCGCAUCCUAAAGAGCCCGUUUGCACGUUCACGCAAGAAGAAGGAGACCUAAUGCUUAGCAAGAUCAAAUCAGACAUCGACGAGGUGGUCAUCCAUCUGUUCGACGUCGGCGGUGCAGCGAAGAACUGGAAAGGUCUUUCCGUUCUGAACUUCAAUGUCGUCUGCAUCGGAACGGCUCCGUCUACUCAGACUUCACGUUGAAACAUUGACCGGCGGACGGAAAGUAAUUCGAAGACAGCAGUAAAAGCUAACGAUUGUGUCUAGAAAUUGGACAGCUAAUGUGUUCGCGGCAUUUAGAUUUAGGAUCUACUGAUAGAUUGAGCAAUACGCUGUUGGCAUGGUGUAGUGCGCGUUUGUCAAUGAGUGCUCUGUCUUUGUAGUUAAUCAGUGUAUGCGAUUGAAUUCUGAAUUGCAGAGGCUGUUCAACGUAUCAAAUAUACAAGAG